AUGAGUGGUCAAAUGAUAUCGGAUUCAAAUUAUGGUUUUCAAACUCGCCGCAAGGGUACCCCCCCAGUUGCCUUGAGACAGUUUAUGCCCCACGAGUUUUGGGGACGCCUAAAUCGUGUGGUGCGAGGAAUGCGGCUCGGAUUGAGGUGUUGUCUCCGAGACCUGUCAGUUUGUGGAUCAGGCUUACUACGGUCCCUUGAAUCCUGCCAGUUUGCAGCUCGGGUUGACCUUGUGUCACCGAGACUUGCCAGGGGAAUUGACGGAUAUCGGGAAUUGACGGAUCAGAUAUGGGGCAUAUUUUGCCCCACGAGUCUUAGAGUUAUCCAGACCGUGGGAGCGAGGAUUGCGGACCAGGUUGACCAGAUGUCUCCUGAGUCCAGCGAGGAUUACAGGUCAGGACGUGUCACCAUUGGUGUCACGAGGAAUUGA